AUAGCCACACGUUUCCUUAUAAAUAGCAGCGUAAUUUGAUCGUAAAUCUUCUAUUCAUAUUCAUAUAAUUUGUUCUCUGUCUACUCUCUCUAGAAUUCAUCAUCAUCAUCAUGCCUCGCAAAAGCUCCGGUGGAAGGCCAGCUCGUGCUCGUCCAGCACGCAGCGCUCCAGCACCAGUCAAACAAGCACCCCCUCCUGUCCCUGCCCCGAGCAGUGGUGGAUCAGUGCUCGGUAGCAUUGGUUCAACCAUAGCCGAAGGCAUGGCAUUUGGCGGUGGGAGUGCUGUUGCUCACAGGGCUGUGGAUGCUGUAAUGGGUCCUCGUACAAUUCGUCAUGAAACUGUUCCCGCUGCUGCUCCAGAACCUGCUGCGACAGCCAGCUCUAAUUCUGACGCUUGUGGCAUGCACUACAAGGCGUUCCAAGAUUGCAUUAACAGCUCUGGAAGUGACAUUAGCAAGUGCCAGUUUUACAUGGAUAUGCUGUCUAGCUGCAGGAAGAGCUCAGGUCUUGUUGCUUGAGUGAAGUGAUGUUGCUGAAAAUAUUAUUCGUUGAUACUUUUAUUUUUGGAAGUUGUAGUUUUGACCUUAAAAGCACUUUGGUGAUGAAUAACGGCAUGGAUGUUUGAUCAUGUUUAUUUUUUGAAUGCGCUAAAUAACUUAUCUGCAAAA